AUAAAAAUAAUCAGAAAAUAAAUAACCGCUAACAUCGUUCAUCGCAGAUUCACAAAGCUCUAAAUAAAAACUCGGAGAGAGCCACUGCCGGUACCAUCACCGUCGUUCAAUUUUCCGGUGAUCUCUUCGUUUUCUACCGCAGUUCCAAUCUCUUACCAAUCAAACAUGACUACAUCAAGGCGUCUCUCGGUUAGGAAGGUGGAGAAGUUUGAGAAAAACAUUACAAAAAGAGGAUUUGUGCCAGAAACAACUGUUAAGAAAGGAAAAGACUAUCCUGUUGGCCCAAUCGUGCUUGGGUUCUUCGUCUUUGUUGUCAUUGGAUCAUCUCUGUUUCAGAUAAUCAGGACAGCAACCAGUGGAGGCAUGGCAUAAUGGAGCUCUUUGAGUUUGACUGUAUCAUCUUUUCUUUCUUAGCCCUGUAGAAAAUAUGAAUAUACUUUUCUACAUGUACUUGAACAAUACCCGGUUCCUGUUCAUGUUUUGGUGAAGUUUUAAGGAUAUUUUAUUAUA